AUGGAAUUCAUUAACUAUUACCAGCUAAUAAAUAUGGAUAGACUUUCGCCUGUAUAGGGCUUUCCCUUGAAUAGCCCGAUAACGGGCUGACUUCAUCCCGUUAUCGGGCUAUUCAAGGGAAAGCCCUAUAUGCGUGUUCUUUCUUUUUUAUUUUGUUAUCGCAUUAAUUUUCUCAAGACUUCUUAAUCCGCCUCAUUAUCUUACGAUUAAAGAGAGUAAGGAUUAUAUUGGACAACACAUUUCUAUUAUCCAUGCCUACUGUGGCUUAUUACUCGCCACAAUAGUUUACUUUAUUGAAGGAGGAAUCUUAAUCUUAAAUUAUUUAUAACGUUUAACGUCCACUAAGAGGUGCCUUGUCCAGAGCUGCCACCAUAUUUGUCCAAGUGUCGGGCCGAUUGACCUCUGGAUCGACCCACUUUGACUCGUCAAGGCAGGGGCAAAUACAGCGUUCCAGCUUCGACGGUUUCGCUGCCGCCACAGCUUUAUAUUACUCAGCUCCUGCGCGUGCUCCGCCUAAGGGUCACCUUCCUCGGGUGUGCUGAGGGGUAAAGACCUGAGCCUCUUGAGCGCACUGAGUAGCAACUCCUCUGGUUAUCCCCAGAGUUAAACCGCUGUUUCUGGAGGGGUAAAGACCUGAGCCUCUUGAGCGCACUGAGUAGCAACUCCUCUGGUUAUCCCCAGAGUUAAACCGCUGUUUCUGAGCAGAAGUUCUCGAGGUAAAAUUCAAAUCCAUAAAUAAAAUUGUUUGAGGGAGAGAAAAUUAGCGGAUCGAACCGAAUGUCAUUUUAUUUAUAUUGAAGGAGGAAUCAAUUAUAACGCUCCCACAAAUUAUCUUCACAUUAUAGUUUUUGCAGUAUUUGCUAGUUAGAAUUCGCUUGGGUAUUUUAUUUACGAUUCAUUUUACGCAGAAAUUUUUAAACUUCAUGACUGGCCUAUGAGAUUCCAUCAUGUUGGAGCUCUUACGGCCUUGACUGGUCUGUACUUUGCGGAGUAUGGAGGUUCAGCUGGAGUUUGUAAUUUUUAUUUAGUGGGAAUCAUCUUAACUGAAAUUUCCAAUCCUUGUAUACUGAAGAGACACAUCAUGAAGGCAAUGUGCUUACCCCAGAGCAUUUUCUUUUAUUGUUAAAUAUUAAAAAAUCCAAUUUGUAAAGUUUGUUUUUGAUGAUAGCUAUAUAAAAAUAUUGAAAUUAUCUAUUUAUUAUUAUAAUUAUUAAUUACUAUAUCAAUAAAUUUGUUUCUCGUUUAUGGAAGGAGUGUUAGAAGAUACCCCAAGAUAUAAUUUUUACGAAACAACGUUUGCAAUGCUGUUUGUAUUUUCCAGGGUUAUAGUGGGAACAUGGUAUAUGCUGAAUGUCUGGGCUUCAGUUAUUACUCCAGUAUAUAAACUUACUGUUUCUGCAUUAUUUGGGGUUUCGCUGUUUUGGGUUUUUAUAUUGGUUUUUAUGGUUGUUAAAAAGAUCGAGAAGAAUGAUGACAACAGAGCUUUUUUAAAACGGAUUAUUUGGGGAAUUAACUGGAUAAAGCAUAGAAAAUUCGUAUUGCUUUCUUCAAUACUCCUAAUAUCUUUGGCACUUCCUUAUAUUUUAACUCAGGUCAUGAAGGUUAAAUUUUUACAGCUCCGAGUAGACGGAUUUGCAAUUCUUUAA